AUGGAUUCAUCUGUAUGUUCUCCUCCUGCACGGUGUGCCUUUAACUCAUCCUCGCCUUGGGAUUGGCUGAGGCAUCGAGAUAUUUCCACCAGUCACCUUGGUCUUCUAAAACCUCCGGGUGUAAGGACCAAUGGGCAUCAAGUUUAUACGAGUUUAAACGCUAUAUCUAUUUUAUUUUCCCGAGCACCUCUGCUGUUGGCGAGUGUCAGAGAGCGUGAGGGAUCGGGGGUCAUGUCCGCAGCAUCCCUGACACUGAGAUGGGUGCAAGGAUUCCCUAAGCAGAAUAUUGGUUUUAUCAACAACAACACAGUUUGCUACCCUUGUGGAAAUUACUUAAUUUUCAUUAACAUUGAAACUGAGAAAAGAUCUGUUCUACAGUGUAUGAAUGGAAAAGUGGGUGCUAUUGCAACUAACAUUCCUUUUCAAGCAGUGGCUUUUUCAGACCGAAAGCUUAAACCCAAUAUCUACGUAUACACCUUUCCUGAAUUGAGCAGAAAGGCAAAAUUAAAAGGGCAUGCCCAGCUGGAUUAUACUUCACUUGAAUUUAGUUAUUGUGGCACAUACCUGGCUAGUUACUCUGCAGUUCCAGAGUAUGAACUGAUACUUUGGAACUGGGAAAAAAAGGUUAUGUUGUGUAACAAAUUACAACCAGGUAUGGAAGUAAGCCAGAUGACUUUUAACCCCAUGAACUGGCACCAAUUGUGUUUGUCUAGUCCAAGUGCUUUAUCUAUAUGGAAUAUUGAAAGGAAUGACAAGAAUUAUCAUCUCAAGUCAAAGUCAGUAAACCUACCUGCAGAAGAUGGGGCAUAUAUUUAUGAUACAGAUGGAAUGGUUUCUUGCACAGAGUUUAAAGAUACUCUCUUUGGACCUUCUCUAUUUGUUUCUUCCAUUGCUGGACUAGUUGGUGUAGAAGCAGAAACAUUCAAGCCUAAAGAUGAUUUUCAUCCCUUGCUCCAUCCUACUAUACACUGUUGGAAUGCAACAAAUGAACUAUAUGUGGGCUGUGAAGAGGGUCACAUUCUAUUGAUAAAUGCGGAAAGUCUACUUGUUACUAUCCUGUCUCGAUCACCAAAAAUCCAUUCCAAAGAUACCAGUGUAAACACCAUGGCAUUUCACAAAGAAGGACUAUUUGUUUCUGGAAAUGAUGGUAUUGUACAUUCUUUUACUAUCAAGGAAAUGCAUUACAGAGUAAAAGACCAUUUUGAUGUGCAAGAGCCUGUAGGAAGUAUUAUAUUCUCUCCUGAUUACACACUGUUACUGAUUGAAACUCUCAAGGGAUCAGUUUAUACCUAUACUUUUGGUGAAGAACCAAAAGUUAAAAAAAUCUUGGAUGCGUAUGGUGGCAAUAUACAAACAAUUGACUUUAUCACACCUGGAAACAAAUACUGCAUGUCAGUAACCAUUUUAGGAGAAAUCUGUAUUUGGUUGUUAGAGAAUGGAUCUCAGGUCAGCAAAUUACACCUUAGGACUGAGGUAAAUGAUAUGGCUUGCUGCCCUUCCUCGCUUUCAGUUGCUAUGGGAACUAGUACAGGAUAUAUCCAUUUCCUUGAUGUUACUGAUAUUGAAUUACCUCAAGUUGUUCAUAAGGUCUUCCUGACCCGAUCUUCAAUACAGCAUGUGCAUUAUGACCAGAAGGGACAAUACUUGAUAACUGGAACUUCCGAUGGAUAUAUCUUCAUUUUAAAUGCCAAGCCUUCACAGUCCUUUAAGGUUCUUGGAUUCACAGAAAUGAAUGGUAACAUUGUACAAAUGUCUACAGUCUACAUUUCUGAAACAAAGCUUGUUGAAGUAAUGGUGCUUAUCAAGACUUCAAAAAGUGAAAAAAGCAAAUUGGAAAUGUUUUCUCUUCCAGAAGCAACCUUAACAGACCCUGACAACUGUUGUGAUGAGAGAGGGAGGCUGAAGAAUGACAUCAUUGAGAGGAGGCUAUAUGAAGUAAAUUAUUCUCUGACCUCUGCUAUCUUGGAUUCACACAGUGAACAAAUAUAUGGCUACUGUGGCCAUGUACCAUAUAUCUGUAGCUAUGGUAUUCCUGAAAAGGAUAGCAAAGUUGUAGUUCUCAAAGCAGAUAUCAAAAUGCAAAGCAGACAUUUUGGAACUGGAAUAUUGUGCCUAUCAUCUCAUGGCAAAUGGUUAGCAUCAACAGCCAAAGAUGGAAUGCUGAGUAUCCGCGAUAGCAAUAAUUUGGAAACAUUUGCUCAGACUCCAUGCCAUUCUUAUCAGGGACAAGGAAUUCAAUCAAUGGCAUUUUCACUUGAUGGCCGUUUCAUACUAGUGAAUGGUAGGGAAGAUGGGGCCUUUGUUUGUCUGAGAUGGAAAAAGAUACCUGAAUAUCUAGCUCAAGAAGCUGCUGAGCAUUUUCAAACCCUUCUAGACAGUCUGAACAGCAGCAUUGUAAAGGAAAAUUCAGCCUUAUUGUACAUGAGAGCGAGUCAGCUCAGUUUGGAUUCAGUCUCUAGACAAUCAGCAUUUUCUAAAGCAAAAUCAAGUGUAGACUCAUUUUCACAAGAUGAGCAUUCAGGUGCUGCAGAUGGAGCCAAUGAACAAGAAACUACAUGGCUAGAAAAGAAAGAUCACGAGGCUGUUGAAAAAGAGGUUAAGGAAUUUAGUGAGAAAAAGAAAGAGCUAAAACAAGGAAUCAGAGCACUGGCUAAAACUAUUCAGGAAAUGCUGAAGGAAAAUGAUUUGGCACCUCAGAUUGCACAGUUAGAAGUACAAGAAUUUACUCUGGAUCUUGAAGAAAUGAAAAAACUUUAUAAUGAAAAUGAUAAAGAAGUAGAAAAGUUAAGAAAGGAAACAGAAAUGGAAAAUCUAGCGAAGAUGUAUUUGUGGAACGUUUUAAAAAAAGAAUGUUGGGAUUCCAUGAGUGUAAAAGGCCAAGUACUUAUGCUGCGAAAGCAUAUUGUAGAGCUUCAUCCUGUAGCUUCUUCCCUGGAUAAAAAGUCAAAUGAAGAAGAAGAGGAAGAAGAAGAGGACGAAGAUGAAUUAGCAAAAAGAGAUAGCAGUUUACCCAAUUAUCUACUUGGAAGUUUAUGUACAAGCUUUGGUGUGGAUAUAGGUAUAUUGAAUAGCCAAUUAGAACUUCAUACCAGAGAGGAGAAAAUCAACCAGAUUAUACUAUUGAAGGACAUUAUUUACAAGAUUAAAACCACUUUUAAUAAUGAGUUUGAUGCCACCUUUCAACAAAAACAAUUGGAAAUAGCACGUGUGAGGGAAAGAAAUAUAAGAAUUCAAGAAAUCAUCACAGAUCUAGAACUUGGGGAAGAGGUCUGGCAACCAGAAAUAGAAGAUUGUGAGAAGCCAGACUUAGUUUUAACAGUAGAAGACAAUGAGAUUAAAGUUGAAAAAUACCUUACUCCAUGGCAAAAAGAACAAGCAGCACUAGCUGCAGCUAAGGAAUUAGAACGACUCCUUUUAGCUCAGAGAAAUGAUUUUAGACGUCGAGCUUUGAUGGAAAUGAUGAAUGGAGUUUUGGAAGUCAAGAAAGAAGAUAUUUUGAAGAUGGAAGUUCCUCAGCCUGCCUUUAUGCUCUCUAAAUUGGAUGAAAUAUGGACUGAGGAAGAAAUGAGACAAUUCAAAGAAUAUGAGAAAAAAGUCAAAGAGUUAAAUGAGGAAAAAGAGAAGUAUAAAAAGUCACUGGAUGCUGAAUUAAGGAAGAUUCAAGGGUCUAUUCAAGAAACAACACAAAUCUUUGAUGACAAUCUGAGAAAACUCUUUGAAAGGAAGGUGAUAGCAGAAAUGGUUAUCAAACAGGAGGAGUUAAAAAUAACCAACCUUAUUUUCUCUUUACUCUUGGAUGAAGAAUUAAGUACAAGGGAAUUAGGACUGAACAACUUCCUUGAAAGGAAACAGAUAGAGAAAAAAAAUACUUCAAAGGAAGUCUUCAUGGCCCGAGAUGAAGUUGAUGCAUACAGAGAGAAUUAUGACAACUUAGUUGCAGAGGACAAAGUUAUAGAGCGUGGAUUUAAAAAAGAGUUUGCUGAACUUAGCAGUCAUCACGCUGAAACACUCAACAAACUAUUUAAACGCCGGCCAAGGCUGCCAAGGCAAAGAGUGCAUGCAGAGAGCACUACUCCUUUUGGCAAUCGGCUCGGGUCUGGCAAAGUUAAGAAGGAUAACCUUGCCCAAAUCAUGAAAGCCAUGGAUGAUUUGGAUGAUCCUCACCAUAUGCCAGAGGGUUUAGAUCCUGGGGUCUGGCAAUAUUUCUGUGCUGCAAGACGAACCAAAAUAGAAAAUGAACAGAGGGUAAAGCAGAAAGCUGCUGGUUUGCUGGAAAUGCAAGCCUUCCUCCAGAGAAGAAUUGAGGAAGAUGAAAAGGUUCAAAUGGACAUUGAAAAAAUUUUCCAGGAAAUCUUUGUAUUACGGAAGGAUAAAGCUAAUUAUGAAACAGAUUUGACAGUUCAAUUCCUGCUUAAACAAGGGCAAGUGGAAACAGAAAAUUUCCAUUUUCUGUUAGACUACUCUGACUCUGUUAUUAUUACCAGGAGUAUAAUUGAGGAUCUGAAUAAUUCAAUCCGGGCCCAAGGACAAAAGAAAGUCACCAACAUGGUAGAAAAUAAAAAUUAUCACAAAGGAAUAUUCCAGAUUGAAUGGGAACAUAAAAAAAUGGAGAUGGAAAUGGAAGAUCUAAACCAAAAGGCUUGGGAUGUUCAGAUGCUGUUUUUUUCAAGAGCUCAUCAGAUGUACUUACAAGAAGAAGAUCAUGACCUCAUGAUUGGCUUCCAGAUUUCUCUAAUGGAGCAGACUAUUGCUUCUAUAGAUAAAACUCACAAAAAAGAUGUAGAAGCCCAAAAACAGUUACUCAAGAAACUGAGAAAAGUCAACAAUCUAAAAGAUUUAGCAAAUUAUGCUCUAAGCUGCAAUCUACAUGAAGAGUUGGUGUGUAUUGCUGAAAGAAAACACAUCUGUCAAUCAAUUGGGGUUAAGCUGACUUGUGAAAAGAUUUCCAGGGAACGUUACGAGGCUACAUUACAACAACAAAAGCUAAUAGAUAUUUCAAAAGAGCAGUAUGAACUAAUUUCAAUUUUACAGGCAGAGGUUGAAAGAUUAAGAAUGAAAACAUUUCCUGCACUUAUUCAUAUGUAG